AUGCAGGGCGCCUCUGGAGGACAGGAUCCCUUUGGAGGCGACCCCUUCACGUGGACACCUCCUGCAAAAGCUACCAGCAGCAGUACUAGCACACAUACAGCGCAGGAACAACCUCCAAGCGGAGCUUCUGUCGAUGCAGACAUCUUCGACCUGUUUGGGCCUUCGCCUGGAGUCCCACAGCAGAGCCAGGAUGGACACCUGAGAAAUGGCAACACCGAUGCAUCCCUCUCCAUGCUGGACCCCUUUGCCAGUGCAAGGACACCCGCACUGGCAGUAGCAGCGAGGCCCACUCCAGAGCAGCGCAUCCCCGGCAGCAGCGAGUCAUCGCUGAGUCAACCGUAUGAGGACGCGCGCAGCCGCAUAUACACCCCCGAGACGGCCACGUCCCUCCUAGAUUUUGACAGCCCCUCCAAUUCCCCUGCCUCCCCGGCUCACGCUACCUGGCAGCCUGUGCUGUCACCGCUCGCGGAUGACAGCAUGCAUGGCGGAGGCAACGCCUCAGGGCAGGUGCAGGACGGGGACAGUGGGGGAUCAGUCCCAGAGCGGUGGGCUUCCAUGGAACCCGAUAUCGGCGAGCGACUGAACGGAGCCUUGGAGCCUCCAGACCAGUGGCCGGCAAGUGCCAGCGGUUCAGCGGAGAGACAUAGGUCAGAAGAGCUCAGCUUCAACGACAGCGACGUGUCCGCCUCCGUGCUCAGCUCGCUCGAUGAUCUGGACCCGCUGGACGCUGAGAUGGCCGAUGAGGUCGCGCAUGAUGUCACCAUUGGUGAUGGGCAGAAAGCCUCUUUAGGCGUCGUACCCAAGGAGGAGGUUCAUCCUCAGCCACAGAGAGAUGCUAAAGCUGCAGGCAGCGUGCUGCCUCAUCUGGCCGCAUUGGCUGCCGAGCCAGUACUGGCAGCCGGGCGAGAAUCGGCAAGUGGCGCCAGCUCAGAAAUGGCGGAGUCAGAUUUGAGCAUCAGUGACGUGGAGGAUGUCCUGGAAUUGGCGCCUGAUCUGGACGUGCCCGUUGUGGUGGUCCCAGCACAUAAGCACAGCAUGCCGGCAGCAGCAGAGCCUCCCCCUUCAGGCAGAGAUAGGACUUGGACUGACUCUGCUUCCAAACCAGAGCCAGUAUCCAAAAAUCCUGACCUGCCACAGCAGCAGCAGGGAGUCUCAGAGGCGCCAGCAUCCCCAUAUGCCCCAUCAAUACAGCCUCCAGAGAGAAAGGCCCAGCAUUCACUGCCAGCUAUCACCAGCCAACAGCAGCAGGAAGACGAGCUCGUGCAGCAUAGCGCAUCUGAAGCAGAUUCCAGCAGCAGGGACAUAGCGCAGCUGCAAGAAGAGAAUGAGGGGCCAGAUGCAGCGCAAGUUGAGAGCGCGCGUACACCGCAGGCUGCGCUUGAGGCAGACACUACGCCCAGGGGAAUUUCACCCUUUGCAGCACAUGCCACCAGAACAGACGACGGUGCAGCCUCCCUGGGUGCAUCACCCACAGCCGCUGUGGCAGCAGAGAGUCAGCACUGGCAGAAGGCCGCGUAUGAGAAUAUUGCCGCUCCGGAGGGGAAUGCACCAAUGGGUGCACAGAGUGCCAGGACAGGCGCAAGUGCGAUCGCGCCGACGGCCGUGUCGGCGGCCGCGCCAGCUGCCGCGGCCGGUGCGCUGGCGGGCACUGAUGUAAGCGAGGCCGGCAGCCUUUGGGCAACACAGGAGGCGGGCAGUGUGAGAAGCGCAGCUGCGUCAGAGGAGAGCUUUGUCGGAGACGCGCUCGCGCAAGCAGAGGCGCUGGAACGAGACCUGGUGACAGGUGCCGGAGCGUCGGGCCAGGAAGAACCUCUGGGAGCGCCAUUGCUGAACCUCAGGCGGCGGCUGGCGCGCUCGGGGAACGACUGGCCGGCGGCCGGCGCGGCCGGCCCACGCGGCAGCACCGUUGGCGGCUCGCUGUGUGCGCGCAUAGACGCACUCCCGGCCCUGACGCAGGCGCGCGCCUCUCCAUUGCUCCCUUCCUGA